UUACAUGUUUAAGUUUUGUUUGAUUUUGUCGUGUUACAUUCUCUUUGCGUUUUGACUUCUAGAAAUAAAGCAAAAAUAUUCCUUUGCUUAUAUUAUUAUACAAAUCUUUACUAUGUUUUAGUUCAAUGACUUUAUAUUAGUGCUUUAUUUGCAAGAGAUUUGUUUCAUUAUAUUUUAACAUACAGUGAUAAUGGGAAGUAACACCAGUAAAUCCAUCAGCGAGACAGCUGUUCACGAACAAAAAAACGAUUUGGACACCAAUACUAAUCCUGAUCCUCGAUCGCCGACUCCUGAAAUAACUCGGACGCCAUUACAGAACAAAAAUAAUUCUAAACAUAACAUAACGAAAAAUGUAGACUUAAGGAAGACUUUUGAAAAUGGACAAGUAGAUGAGAAACUUAUUCACAACAAUCCCAUUCUAACAGCAGUCAUCAAAAAUCAUUUGCAGUCUUAUGAUCCUCGUUCUCCAACACAAGAUUUUGAACGAACUCCAAUAGUUAUACCUACAUUUGAUGAAAGUGGAAUCAAGAAGAAAACAUCAAGACUUCAAAAUAACAACAGCUAUGCAAGUCCAUGUUUGAAAAAAGAUCCCAAUGAUGAUUUUGACACAUCAGAUAGUACAAUAAAGUUAAGUCCAGAUUUAGUAGUAGCCAAAAAUUUAUGUGAUGGCUUCUAUGAUCUUUCUCUUAAUGAAACACUUGAUGAAAAUGAACAACCUUUGGGAUCAUCUACCACAUCUAAUAAAUGCAUUGAGGAUAAAUUAAGUCCUGAUGGAAUUGAACAGCCUAAAGUAUUAUUGGAAACAAAUUUUGACUAUGUAGAUUUGAAAAAUGAUAUAAUUGAAGAAAGCAAAGAAUUAAUCUACACUAAUGGAGAUAUAGAAGAACCUGAAGUUAAAUUAAAGAAAAAUCAUUGCUUCAAGAUAUUAAAAAAUGAUCCUAGAUCACCAUCAGUUGAUAUCAAAAGAACUCCCAUAGUUGUGACAAUGACUGAUGGAAAUGAUAGCAAAGACAAUGUUGAAGAGAUGUCUGAUGACACUCUAAUAAGGGUUUUACAAAGUACAAGUGAACAGACACACAUUGGUGCUAACAAUGUUGAUGGUGUACUGAUUUAUGAAGAUGAAUCUGCUGUUAUAACAACUCCUAAGAAAAGGCCUAUUCAUAGCUUAGGUUCUCGAACACCUUUAUCUUGUAUGAAGAACACUACUGAUGCAUCACACACAAGGUCAAAAUCAGCUAACAAUUUGGAAAAAAAGAAGGAAUUAACAAAAACUGCAUCACAUAUGAAAUAUGUUUCUCACAUUCCAAGGCUCAAGUCCUUGUCCAAACAGAUGACAUCAGGAAGUUCGGUUUCAUUGAAAAAUACUUCUAAAAGUUCAUCCAUCAGUGGUGACUGUGAAAAUACACCACCACAUUCUCAUAGAGACAGAUGGGAUAAGGACAAUAGUAUUGUACUUUAGUCUCCUUUAUUAUAUGGCUAGUAGGUUUUCAUGGUCUUGAUUUUCUGUGUUUCUUAUUUCUUAAAGGAACGGUAUCUGUAAUUUUAUCCACUGAUCAUAACUAACUUGUAGGAUAUUUAGUAAUUAUCUUUUUAAAUUAAAGAUUCAUGUCUUAAAAAUUUAGAUAAAAGUCUAUAUGAUCAUACAACAUAAAUACAUUCCAUCUAGGCAAUGGAUUGGUUUUGAAUUAUAAUUAUUUUAAAUAUGACCAAUUUAUGAUUGUGAAAAAAAUUUGGAUAUCCAUAUUCUCUCUAAUUGAUUUUAAGGUCUCAGGGUUUCAGUCUUAAAUAAAUGCACGGAAUAAUUUAAUAAAUUUAAUUAACUCUAGUAACAAUUUAUUAUUGCAAAAUAAUAGAAUUGCAAUUUAAAUACACGACAUAGAAUGCAAUUGUUAAAUGACAAAAUAACAUUGGAAUGAUCAGAUUUUUAUAAGAGAUUUUUUUCUUUAAAUAUAAUUAUGACAAAAAUUUUGUUGUAGCAUUUAAUACAAUAAAAAUAUUAUGAUUUCAAUAAAAAAAUAUGGUCUUCUUUCUUCUAUAUCUAAAAUAACCUUCUAAUUCCUCAGAUGAAAGUGAUGAUGCUGAAUACAAAUCACAUGAAUAAUUCAAGCAAGAAUUACAUUUUAACAUCGAAAGCAUUAUUUUCUUAUGCAACACAUUAAGCAAACAUCUAAACUUUUAAAGGGCAAGUUAUAGCCUUACUAAAUUUUACACAAACUGAGAAAACUAAUUUCUGAUUGUUAUGUAAAUUAUCAAUUAUACACUAAAUAUUUGAGUGCAAAAAUCUGAAACAAUGAAACAGCAUGAAAAGUACCAUAUACACGAUUAUAAUUUCGCUGACCAAGGAGUCUUGGAUCCUUGUUAUUACGCAAAUAUUCAAAGAAUUAAAAUUUGUAUAAAAGUCUUUAAUAAUAUCUUAAGUGAUUUGGCACAGGCAGUAUUUUACAUUAAUCUAUAUUGAAUAUAGAAACCGAAUAAAUAUAUUGUAGUACUAUUAUU